AUGACAGCAGAGGUCAGAGAGAGUCUGAAGGCUGGUUGUGAUGAGGGUGAGGGCUGUCUGGCUGAUCCAGUAUGUCCUAUCGACCCUCCAGUCCUGGAAGAGCUAGGGGUUUCCAUGAUAAGAGACCCGCCAUAUGUAACCCAAGACUCCUCCUAUGACUUCCUAGAGGAUGGUGGGGCCAAUGUGGAGAGCAGCCCCCAAGAAGAAGUGAAGCAGAUGAAGGUCCAGGUCACCGAGCUUCUCCCCUUGAAGGCAGCUCCAGGCAAAGGGCCGGCAGGCGAUGAGCCAGAACCUUCGGUGGAGCUCGGGGAGGGAGCGGCUGAACCCCCCACCGAGAUGGAGCUAGAGAAGGUGCGGAUGGAGUUUGAACUGACCCGGCUGAAGUACCUGCAUGAGGAGAACGAGCGUCAGCGGCAACAUGAGGAGGUGAUGGAGCAGCUGCACCGGCAGGCACCACCUCAGCUGUUCCCAGGAGGAUUCCAAGACCUCCUGCUUCCUCAGAAUCACUUUGCCAUGUUCCUGUACUGCUUCAUCUUCAUUCAUGUCAUCUACGUCACCAAGGAGAUGAUUUUCUUCCUCUUCACUAAGCAUUACCUCUUCUGCAUUGCUGCCAUUCUGCUCUGUUUGAUUAAAACCUUGUGGUCUUAUGUCCCUGUGCCCCCCUGCUCUACCCACCUAAUGGUCCACCAUGGAAACUUAACUUUCAAGUAG